AUGUGUCUUUACCAUCACUUAUCUUUGGUAGGCAUUCGACGGUCAGGGCGAGAGGUUAAGAGCGCACCUAACUACGCUGACGACUUCGAAGAGAACGAUGAUUCAGUUAGUGUUGCUGCGGGGAGUGCUGAAUCUAAAGACAAUGAUUAUGAUGUGGAUAUAGGAAUGGUCAGUGAUGACCCUGACGACAACUUCU